AUGCUUGCAUGUUUCAAAAUGAGUGUUUUAGGACGUGGCGCAGCCAUGAUCAUCGAAUCGCUCAAUUUAUUUUAUCAUCUCGCUUGCUUCAAAUGCUAUGUAUGUAAAACGCCACUGGGUUCUGGUGCUACUGGAGCUGAUGUCCGAGUACGUGAAGGUCGACUACAUUGUCAAAGUUGUUACAGUAAUGAUCGUCUGCAGUUGAGUAAGGUUUAG